AUGACUGCUGAGGCACAGGACGAGUCGUUUGCGAGAGGCGAGGCGACUGGCCUGGACAACGGCGCUGAAAAUGUGGUCGUUGUCGAUGGUACGCGGUAUAAGACCGCCAAAGAGGGCCUGGCUCGCAUCUACGUGCCAUUGAGCGGAGGCGAUCGGAAGGAGCGUCAGAAUGGAGGUGGCGGACCGUCAGUAGACGACCACCCUCAGCAGGUCUUUUACAACCCCAUCCAGCAGUUCAACCGUGAUCUUAGUGUGCUGGCCAUCAAGGCGUAUGGCACGGCCACGAUCGAGAAGCGCGCAGAGGCGGCUGCGAAGAAGCGCAAGGAGGCGUUGAACAAGAAGCGGAAGCGGCGUGAAGAGCGUAGCCAACAACACGCUGCUACGACAGAGGCCGAGGCCGAGCCAAAGUCAGAGGCGGCCGACGAAAGGGCGGUUGGCGUUGAUGGCGAAAGACUGGCCAAGGUCGAAAAGAGCGCAGAGGGACAGGACGCAGCGCAGGCCGUGGCAGAACUGGCGUCGCGGGGGGCAAACGACAAAAACGACACAAACGGGACAGACGCCGAGACGACACAACCUGUGCCACACUCGCAGUCGACACCCCAGACCAGCCCACAACCACCCAAGAUUCGCAUUCUCGACGCUUUGUCAGCAACCGGCCUGCGUGCCCUUCGCUAUGCCCACGAGCUGCCCUUCAAUGUGUCCGUCACGGCCAACGACCUGCUGGCCGCCGCUACCGAGUCCAUUCACCGCAAUGUAUCGAUGAACGGCCUCACAGAAAAGAUCGAGGUCACACAUUCUGAUGCACUGGCCCACAUGUACACCGUCAUAGCCAAAGACUUGACGUUUGCGGCCGAAGCGACUUCCACCAAGAAUGCUGCUGCCGCCGGCUUGCGCUUUCGGCCCUCGGCCAAGUACGACGUGAUCGACCUUGACCCCUAUGGCACGGGUGCCAAUUUUUUUGAUGCGGCCGUCCAGUCCGUCCGCAGCGACGGCGGUCUGCUCUGCGUGACGUGUACCGAUGCCGGCGUCUGGGCGUCCCAGGGCUACCCCGAAAAGUGCUAUGCCCUGUAUGGCGGCGUGCCCAUGAAGGGCGCUGCGUCGCACGAGGCCGGCCUGCGCAUUGUGCUGCACGCGCUGGCGACGUCGGCCGCCCGCUAUGGCCUGACCAUCACGCCGCUGCUGUCGCUGUCGAUCGACUUUUACUGCCGUGUCUUUGUCACCGUGACGCGCUCGCCCGCCAGUGUCAAGUUCCUGGCCGGCAAGACCAUGACCGUCUACAACUGCGACCAGGGCUGCGGCGCCUGGGCCACCCAGCCGCUGCUGCGCACGCACAGCCAUCCCAACAAGAAGGGCUCAGGGACCUUUUUCAAGUACACCUUCGCCGCGGGCCCCACGGCGUCGCCGCGCUGCGAGCACUGCGAUUCCAAGAUGCACCUCUCGGGGCCCAUGUACGCAGGCCCCAUCCACCAGGCCGAGUUUGUGCAGCGCAUCCUCGAUGACCUUCCACAGGUGUCCACCGACGUCUAUGGCACCACGGACCGCAUCCGAGGCAUGCUGCACACAGCUCUUGAGGAGAUCAUGGAGCCGGAGACAAAGCCAACGCCCUCCCAUGCAAGCGCAGACGAGCCUCCUGUUCCUCUGACCGGGGACGACGCCCUGGCUGCCGUCGACCCGGCUCCCUUCUUCUUCUUGCCCACCAACCUCGCCAAGGCCGUGCACUGCUCCACGCCCGGCGAGGACCCCAUCCGCGGCGCGCUGCUGCGUCUGGGCUACCGGGUCACCCGCAGCCACUGCAAGCCCGGCAGCCUCAAGACCGACGCCUCCUGGUCUGUGCUUUGGGACAUUAUGCGAGCCUUUGUCCGCCAAAAGGCACCGGUCAAGCGCGAGAACAUUCGCCCAAACACGGCUGCGCAUCGUCUGCUGCGGUUGCAGGAGGGUGACGAGGGCGCCGAGGGCGACGAUGGCAAGGAGGCUGACGGAGAGGGCAAAGCAGCAAAGGAGGACCUCACCACAAACGCGGCAGGCAAGCCCGAGGCCAUUGUCUUUGACGAGGACUUGGGCCGCCAGUUGAGCCGCAGCGGCGAGAAGCUGGUGCGGUACCAGGUGAACCCGCGCGAGAACUGGGGACCUAUGAACCGUGCCAAGGGCAAAUAG